AUGGGACUAUCUCUGCUGCCUCUAUUCAACCUCCAACUCGAGCAGCAAAGCACUCUCAGAGAUCGCCAUAGCUCGGUUCGCUGGAUCGUGCUCCAACAGCAUCACAGCCUGGACUCGCCUGGUCAAAGUUGGGAGAUACACCGAUGCCCUCCCCCGCCACCUCGGCCGCUUCCAGAAGCGCCUAGAAAGCGCCAGCGCUGUGCCAACGCUUGUGCGAGGUGCAAAAGCAAGAAGUUGAAAUGCGUUAUGCCCGCCGAGGACGCAACGGUGUGCAUAGCUUGUGGAAAGGCGGGAGAUACAUGUGUCAUUGAGGCGGUCUCGAAGGACUCAGCCCAAACGGUGGAAGCGCUCGAAGCGGAGGUCGCACGACUACAGCGCGCUCUGAAUGAGCGAGUACGAGACCCCUCGGCGAGCAUCUCCGGGCAAGGUCGACCAAGCCAAUCACCCGAGGUGUCCAGGGAUGUAUUUGCUCGACCACGGGCAGAUUCUUCCUCGGUCAUGUCGAGGAUCAUCAAGGGUACCGUCAAGCCCCCUCGAGCCGGUCCCUCCCGCCCGACCGAUCUCGCUUCAAUCAUCCAGCCUCAAUCCCCUGAUCCUUCCACUAUCAACGAAACUCCUCCUCUUCCCCCUCUACAAGUCGCCGACGAACUCCUGGACGCCUUCUACCGCCACACCCAGUCUCGGUACCCCUACGUCGACUGGAUCAGGCUGCGGGAAUGGCACGCUGAGCGGGACCUCGUGUGCACCUCCCCUGGACACGGUCAGGGGGACCGCGAAGUGGGCAGCUUCUUCAUCUGGAUGACCUAUGCCAUCGGCGCCCAGCUCGUCACUCGUCACUCGAUUGAAACACCGGCGUCCUACUUUCAGCAAGCGUGCAAGCAUAUGGACGCCGCGCUGGCGCUUUCCAAUCUCACAUCGGUCCGCGCUCUGCUUUUCGUCCUCUUCUACGCGUUUCGGUCGCAAUCCGGUCCCCCGCUCUACCUCUUUAGCGGACACGUCAUGCGGCUCUGCCUUGAGUUCAAUCUCCACCGCAGGGCGACGCCAGGCACGGACCCGCUUAUGGCGGAGACGCGGAAACGGAUCUUUUGGUCGGCGUACUGUCUGGACCGCCUGAUUGGUCUGGCAUCGGGUCGUCCAUUCUGCGUAUCAGACCAUGAUAUCGACAUCGAGCUCCCGGUGGACAUCGACGUCGACAAUACGGAUCCUCACGCCAUCCUGCAAUUGCAGCAGGGCGCUCCCUCCCCGUACGGCGGACGAGAGACCAACAUGACCUCGGCCAUCCACAUCAUCCGUCAUUAUCAAUACCGGUCCAAGGCGCAUACCACUCUGUAUGCGCGCAACGUCCUGCCUCCCACUCAGCAGGUCGUCACUGACCUGUUGUCCGAGCUCGAGGAAUGGCGCCGGCAAAUACCGAACGAUACGACCAGCGCUUCUCAAAGCCAACUCAAGUUCCAGAUGAUGUACUUCCAGGCGGUGCUGCUCACGCUGCGGCCGGCUGUGGUGCACGCUGGACCAAGAGAUCCAGUCUUGCUUCUUUGCGCAUCUGUAGCUGCCGAGUCUUGCGAGCUCAGUCGCAAGGUCCACCAAGGCAUGACAACGAGGUACACCAUUGUCAGCCUGUACCACAACUUUGUCGGCGGUGUUUCCCUACUGCACUGCCUGGCCAUGUCACCCCAUAUCAUCUCCUCUCGCGUAUCGUCACGUGCUAUACGAGCUUGCUCUUCCACCUUGGCGGUAUAUGCUGAGCUCUUCCCCGCGGCUGUACCCUUCCGGGACCUCUUUGAACACAUCACCGAUGAGGUCCUCGGUGGCCUCUCCGAGACAUCUAGCGGUAUCGCUAAGUCCACCAUGGACAUCACCGAGCAGAUUCUCGUCGGCAACUAUGAUCACCUUGCUCCACUGUACGAAACGUUGAACUCCACAUCCACCACUACUCAAGGCACAGAUACGGUACAAAUCAACUUGCCAUGGCUGUCAAACGGGAUGGGAAUGGGCAUGGGGAACAAUACCGGCAUGUCCAGCAGUCUCCUCACCUCCUCCAUCCACCCGUACAUCCCGCCUCAACCUUUCGUCCCCGAGCCUGCGUUCGAAUGGGCCACAUUGCAGAGUCUGAACGAUAUGGCGCAGUUCCUGGACUACUCGGCGGGCGAUGUGCAGGGGCAGGGAUGGCACGGUCAGAAUUCAUAG